AUGAAAUUAAAAACAUCAAACUUUAAAGAACCAAAACAUGUGGGAGUGGUGAUUUGUGUUAAUUGGAAUAAUACAGAAGAUGUAUUUUCAUGUGGAGAUGAUCAUAAACUUUUAAAAUGGAAUCUUGUAAACAGCGAAUGUAUGGUGGUAACAACAUUCCCAGAUGAUUUUUAUCCAACUGGAAUGCAUUUGUUUCCGAAGAUAAAUAUUGGUGGUGGUAAUAAACACCAACACGAUGUCAUAUUAAUCUCGACAGCGGAUGGCAAGUUUCACAUUGUGAAUCAUAACGGUCGCAUAGAAAAAACUGUAAGUGCUCAUCAAGGCGCUUGUCUUGCGGCUCAGUGGAGCCCAGACGGGGCUGGACUUUUAACAGCUGGCGAGGACGGUUUUGUUAAAGUCUGGUCUCGAAACGGACUUCUCCGAUCCACAAUCGUUCAGUCCGAUGUGCCAUGUUUCAAUGCUGUGUGGAGUCCAGAGAGUAAUGCUAUUUUAUAUACAAAGGAAAACAUUUUGGUUAUAAAGUAUCUUAAUUCAAGUAAUAAAAUUACGAAAUGGAAAGCGCACGAAGGCCUCAUUUUAUGUAUAGCUUGGAAUGCUAAUAACAAUAUGAUACUGUCGGGUUCCGAAGAUGGAUUUUCCAAGAUUUGGGACACUUUUGGACAGCAAAUAUCGGUUAGCGUUAAACACGAUCAACCUAUAACCAGUGUUAGUUGGUCGCCUGCUGGAGACAUGUUCGUUUUAGGUAGCUUCAACCUCAUACGACUCUGUAGCUCUAAUGGGUGGUCUCAUUGUCUAGAUCGACCAACGACAGGCAGUAUUUACAACAUAGCGUGGUCUUCAGACGGUACCCAACUGGCAGCAGCAUGCGCAAAUGGACAUGUUCUCUUUGGACAUAUUAUUGAUCGAGAAUACACUUGGAAAAACUACUCGUGCACACAAAUAGGACGGAAAGUGAUAUAUAUAAAAGACAUUAUAACGGACCAGAAUGACCAAUUGGACUACCCAGAUAGGGUUAUACAAAUAGCACUGGGGUUCAACCAUUUGGUGAUAGCGACGGUGAAACAGUGCUUCAUACAUAAGCUUACCUCGUGGAAUACGCCGGUAACGUUUGAUCUGAAAGAAGGAACUAUAAGCAUGAUAUUGUUGGCUGAAAGAUGUCUCUGUAUAGUAGAAAGAGCAGGUCUCUCAGUAUACAGCUAUAUGGGUCGUUUACUCGCAAGUCCUCGGUGGGGCGCUAGACCUGAAUCUUUGGGUCGAGCGGCUAUUUCACUAGGACCUGAUGCUCUAGCAGCCAUAGACCAGGGUGACAGAAAGUUGAUUCAUGUAUUCGAUCUUCCAACUGGACUUAUUGUUCGAAGUUCAGCUGAUAAUACAGUCACAAAAUUGACCCACAAGAUGACGGUGUCAAGCAUAGCACUCAGUCAAACAGGGCUUAUUAAUGAGAGACAAUUGGCUUUGUUGGACUAUAACAGAGAUCUCUACGUGGUCACCGUGAAGGAUACCAAGCCAAAGUUUAUUAAAUUGGGGUCACAAAUUCUCAGCAUAGCGUGGAGUUACGAGACAGAGUUACUCGUUGGAUUACGAGCUAGUUCAGUGGUGGCGUGGUGUUGUCCUAGAGCUGCCACACAACCCGACUGGCUAGCUUUGACAACGGUUAGCAAGGAUGUGGCGGAUUUAGGGAGAAAUCCAACUAUUUUGGCCAUAGAAGAUGGAGUGGCACGAGUCUGCCGCGGCAACGGCUCUAUUCUACAUUUAUCUAUCGCCGCUUUUCCUGAAAAACUUUUAAAACACGUUUCUGCUAAUUUGUGGCAAGCCGCUCUUCAGCUUUGUCGUACGGUGGAAGAUGAAACACUAUGGGCUUGCUUAGCCGUUCUAGCAUGGCAGCAUCAUCAAUUACCGGUGGCUGAAGAAGCAUUUGCAUUGAUACGUCAGUACCACCAAGUUUAUUACAUACAACAUCUCAGGAGUAACAUACCGGAGAAAUUGAUUACUUAA